CCAAACAGGCACUCAACUAAAAAUCAAACCACAUAACUAACGUGCUCUUCCCUCCCACCACUUUUUCUCUCUCUAGAUCUACUUCAAUCAAUUACUCAACUAUACAUACAUUAUAUUUCUAUCAUUGUAUGUAUUAUACGCAUACGCAUUUUCACUUUUCCUGAUCGGAAGUGAUGUCGACGGAGCGAUUGAGUUCCGGCGAUUUUUACGUUCAAAUGCAAUCGGAUGCGGCGUCGUUUCGUCAUGGUUCAAGUGAGUCAACUCGGAUGUUUGAUGAGUUGCCUAGUGCUACAAUUGUUCAAGUGUCGCGUCCUGAUGCUAGUGAUAUUACUCCCAUGCUCUUGUCUUACACUAUUGAGUUCUCCUACAAACAGUUCAAGUGGCAGUUGAAGAAGAAAGCUGCAGAAGUUUUUUAUCUGCACUUUGCAUUGAAGAAACGUUUGUUCAUCGAGGAGAUCCAUGAGAAGCAAGAGCAGGUUAAAGAAUGGCUGCAAAACUUGGGAAUUGGAGAACACGCAGCAAUGGUGCAUGAUGAAAACGAACAUGAUGAUGAAACUGUUCCUUUAAAUCAUGAUGGAAGUGUUCGAAGUCGUGAUGUUCCUUCUAGAGCUGCUCUGCCGAUUAUUCGUCCAGAACUUGGAAGGCAGCACUCAAUGUCUGACAGGGCAAGGGUUGCAAUGCAAGGAUAUUUGAAUCAUUUUCUUGGAAACUUGGAUAUUGUUAACUCUAGAGAGGUUUGCAAGUUUUUGGAGGUUUCUAGAUUAUCAUUUUCCCCAGAGUACGGUCCCAAGCAAAAAGAAGAUUAUGUGAUGGUGAAUCAUUUAUCAACAAUUUUAGAUGAUAAGGAUCACAGGAUGUGUUCGCCAUGUCAAUGGUUCAAUUGCUGUAGCGACAACUGGCAAAAGGUCUGGGCUGUUCUGAAACCUGGAUUUCUGGCUCUGCUAAAAGAUCCUUUUGACCCAAAACCGUUGGAUAUAAUUAUUUUCGAUGUUCUACCGGCUUCAGAUGGAAUUGGAGGCAGAGUACCUUUAGCAGUAGACACUAAAGAAAGGAAUCCUCUGCGUCAUUCUUUUGAAGUGUUUUGUGGAAACAGGAGCCUAAGAUUAAGAUGUAAGAAUAGUGCUAAAGUAAAAGACUGGGUUGCUGCAAUUAAUGAUGCUGUAAUCCGACUUCCAGAGGGCUGGUGUCAUCCUCAUCGUUUUGGUUCCUAUGCUCCUCCACGGGGUUUGACUGAAGAUGGUAGUGAGGUUCAGUGGUUUGUUGAUGGUCAAGCAGCCUUUGAUUCUAUUGCUUUAGCUAUCAAUGGAGCAAAAUCGGAGAUUUUCAUUUGUGGCUGGUGGGUUUGCCCUGAAUUGUAUCUAAGACGCCCAUUUCAUGCUCAUGCUUCCUCCAAGCUUGAUGCUUUGCUGGAAGCAAAAGCGAAGAAAGGACUCUUUGCUAAUUGGCGAAUCCCCGUAUCCCGUGUCCUGUGUCCCGUGUCGCCGUACCCGAGUCGGUGCUUCCUAGGUGACAAGUUUUAUAUACAUGGGUUUCCUACAUUCUUUUUGAUUGUUCUCUUGAUAUAUAUCCUUUUGUACAAAGAGGUUGCUCUUGCCCUGAAAAUUAAUAGCAUGUACAGUAAAAGAAAGCUUCUAGGCAUCCAUGAGAAUAUCAAAGUACUGCGUUAUCCUGAUCAUUUUUCUAGCGGUGUCUAUCUAUGGUCUCAUCAUGAAAAGCUUGUCAUUAUCGAUAAUUACAUUUGUUUUAUUGGAGGACUGGAUCUAUGUUUUGGUCGUUAUGAUUCAUCUGACCAUAAAGUGGGUGAUUUUCCACCCAACAUCUGGCCAGGAAAGGAUUAUUAUAACCCCAGGGAAUCAGAACCAAAUACUUGGGAAGAUACUAUGACAGAUGAAAUAGAUCGUGAAAAAUAUCCACGUAUGCCGUGGCAUGAUGUUCAUUGUGCCCUUUGGGGCCCACCCUGUCGUGAUGUUGCCCGGCACUUUGUUCAGCGCUGGAAUCAUGCCAAGCGAAGUAAAGCUCCAAAUGAGCAAACAAUACCCCUGCUAAUGCCUCAGCAGCAUAUGGUUAUUCCACAUUAUAUGGGAAAUAGCAAAGAAAUGGUGGAAGAAAAGAGGAUUGCAGAAGGCACCAAUAAAAAUAUUAAAAGACAGGAUUCUGAUUCCUCGCUAUCAUCUUUCCAAGAUAUCCCUUUGCUAAUACCUCAAGAAGCUGAUGGGCCGAGUGCUUCUAAUGAAGACUCAAAAUUAAACGAAUUGGAAAUGAACCAUGAUUUUAAUGAUCAGCCAAGAGAGGACAGCAAGGAUUUCUCUUUAGAUGUUCUGCAGUCCAGCGACGAGACAUCAGAAAACAAAUGGUUGGAAACACAAGAACGAAGUGAUAAAGUUGUUUCUGCAGAUGAAACUGGACAAGUUGGUCCUCGUGCUUCAUGUCGCUGUCAGGUUAUACGGAGUAUUAGCCAGUGGUCUACUGGGACAAGCCAGGUUGAAGAAAGCAUCCACAGAACUUAUCGCUCUCUUAUCGAGAAGGCUGAACACUUUGUCUAUAUUGAGAACCAGUUCUUCAUCUCAGGUCUCAAGGGAGAUGAUACCAUACAGAACCGUGUGUUAGAAUCAAUGUAUAGACGUAUUAUUCGAGCACAUCAUGAAAAAAAGUCCUUUAGAGUUAUAAUUGUCAUACCACUUCUCCCCGGUUUCCAGGGUGGUAUUGAUGAUGCUGGUGCUGCAUCUGUGCGAGCAAUCAUGCAUUGGCAGUAUCGAACGAUAUGUAGAGGACAAAAUUCUAUAUUGCAUAAUCUCUACGAUCUUCUUGGUGCUAAAAUGCAUGAUUACAUAUCCUUUUAUGGUCUGAGAUCUUAUGGUAGACUCUCUGACAAAGGUCCAGUGGCUUCUAGCCAGGUUUAUGUCCAUAGCAAGGUUAUGAUAAUUGAUGACUGUUCCGUCUUGAUUGGAUCAGCUAACAUCAAUGAUAGAAGUUUGCUUGGAUCGAGAGACUCUGAGAUUGGUGUCCUUAUCGAAGAUAAAGAAUUAGUUGAUUCAUACAUGGGAGGGAAGCCAUGGAAGGCUGGAAAAUUUGCUUCUAGUCUUCGUCAGGCACUCUGGUCUGAGCACUUAGGUCUUCAAGAGGGAGAGUUGGGCAAAAUCAUCGACCCAGUGAUUGAUUCAACGUACAAGGAUAUAUGGAUGGCAACUGCAAAGACAAAUACAAUGAUAUAUCAAGAUGUAAUUUCAUGCAUUCCUAAUGAUCUCAUACAAUCAAGAGCUGCACUUAGAGAAAGUAUGACCUACUGGAAAGAGAAACUUGGUCACACAACAAAUGAUUUAGGAAUAGCGCCCAUGACCCUGGAAUCAUAUCAGGAUGGAAAUAUAAUAGAAAUUGAUCCCAUGGAAAGACUGAAGUCUGUGAAGGGGCAUCUGGUUUCCUUCCCUUUAAAUUUUAUGUGCGAAGAAGAUCUAAGACCUGGAUACAAUGAGAGUGAAUAUUACGCAUCACCUCAAGUGUUCCAUUAAGUGUAAUUUAUGCAACAUUUGUCGCUCGCCUGCAAAGGGGAUAACACGAACACACAUGAAAGAUAAAUAAAUACAUGAAGAGAGAGGAUCUGUGUAGUGUAGAAAAUUCUGUAUAUGUAUAGAGAAUCACAGUUAAGCUGUAUAUAAUGCACUGCUGCACCUCAUCCUCAUGUGAUUGCAGUAGCUAUUGCAGUUCUGUUAUUCCUGCCUAUUUGUGGGGAUAUUCAUUCCACGGAUUGGCAUCCCAUAUAUAGGGGGUCUGGUGGGUGGAUGUAAUCAUGUAACUAUUAAAAUUAUUUAUUCAUUGUUUAUGUAUAUUGUACAGCUUAGAUUUUUAUAAA